AAAAAAUUACCCAGUCUAUAUGUUGCCUUUAGUUGAAGAGCGUCUCUAGAACUUCUUGGUCAAUUAAAACCGUAUAUGAAGUAACUGUGCUACAGACCCCUUCUAUUUUGGAAGAGAUAAAGUUUGAAUGAUUAUUGAGAAUAACAAUGGGCAAUAAAGCGCUCUGUCUUUUCAUAUGCCCAUUGUUUGCUGUAGUAAUGCAGUUAGUCCAAGUUCAAGCAGAAAUGGACCAAAAUGGCGAGCUAAUCUGGCGGGAUAAUUUGAAUCCAACGCUUGUGUGGUGGACUCCGUUUACUGGUGUUUUCAGUGAAUACAAAACAUGCGGGCAACUUAAAUGUUUUUUUACAGCAGAUAAAAGUUAUUUGUCUAACCUACACGUGAAUAAAACAGCAGUUUUAUUUUACGGAAGUGAUUUUAGGACUGAAAACCUCCCAGUUUUUAGCAGAAAUAGUCAAAUAUGGUCACUGCUUCACGAAGAAUCUCCAAAAAAUAAUCCAAUUCUGUGUCACGAAGAAGUGUUAAAUCUGUUUAAUUUUACUUCAACGUUCAGCAGAUUUUCUACGGAACCCAUUACCUUGCAGUAUUUAAGAGACUUGAAGCAGUUGACAAGGUUGGAUGAAUUCAUUUCCACAAGCAACAAAAAUUCAUUUCUACAAGACGGACUCGCACCCGUGAUAUACAUCCAGUCAGAUUGCGACACGCCUUCAGAUAGAGACACGUUUGUUCGUGAACUUGCCACGCACAUCAAGGUGGACUCAUAUGGACGUUGCUUGAACAACAAGAAACUGCCGAGCCAUCUUAAGAACGGAGUUGAGGGCAUGGACCACCCAGAUCUGCGGUCACUUGUUGCCAGGUACAAGUUCGCAUUGGCAAUAGAGAACGCAGCAUGUGAAGACUACAUCACUGAGAAGCUGUGGCGUCCUUUGACUUUGGGCAGCGUUCCGCUGUACUGGGGUUCACCUACUGUGUCGGACUGGAUGCCCAACACAAACUCCAUCAUCGAUAUCAGAAAAUUCAAUUCUCCCGAAGAGCUGGCUCAGCACCUCAAAAGUCUGCUGGAAAAUGACAAACAGUACGAAAAACAUCUUGAACAUAAACUGGACGGAAAAAUAAGUAAUAAACUUCUAAAAUAUACGAUGGAUAAUCGUGCAUGGGGUGUAGGUAACGACGAAGAUAAAAUUAACUUUAUUGAAAAUUUUGAGUGUAGCGUGUGCCGCACCCUGCACCGACUCAACGAGGAUGACUCGCCUACGACAGCAGAUGUUCGACAUUACAACUGCAAGGCUCCAGUAACUGUCAUGCAAUCAUUAGGUGGCGCUGGCACCAACAGGACGAGCAAAGUUAAGUCUCACGAGUACAGUUCAUGGCUGGAAGAGUGGCACAGAGCAAAACUAGAGGCUCAAAAACUAAGAAAGUUGCUAGAGACCGGGUCAUAUUCGCCCCCUACUUAUCAUCAGGAUGUUUUAGAUUAUCUCAUUGAGAAAGGCCACUUCAAGAAAUUCCCACCCUCACUGCGAGAAGAACUUUGAACAAAAAAGCGAAGUCAUUCAUGAAUAUAUUCCUCAGUUGAACACAAUAACGUUAUGAUUGAAAUACCUGACCUUUAUGAUUUAGAUCCCCCAGGUAACAAGUACCUUGAGUUCGUUUAAGGACAUCAACCCAAGCUAUGCUUAGCGAACACAGCCCGCCAGUGACACCGAGAAAUGAACUGAGCUGCCAAGGCUUGAACUCACGGCAAGCUCUCAUCACGGUGGCGAUAUUACUGCGCACACAGCGGCGCUAACCACUGCGAUACCGUACAGUAACUGUAAGCAACACGUAAGAGUAUUCCGAGUCUUCACACAGAGACAUUUGAUUUAUAGACGUCAUAUUUCCCCUCACUUCUUUCACUUCAAUGCGUUAAUAAAAAAAAGAUUGUUUUUAAAAAUAAAUAUUUCUAAUUUAUUUAGUCAUAACCUUUAUAAUAGCACACAUUUGGAGUGGAAUUAAAGAUACUUUCGAUAACAACUAGACGAAUGCUGAAUGUAUGUGGUAGACACUCAAAGCCAUCAUUACGUAUUCGUGAUCGAUUUUGAGUCGGCUAUACAGUGUUUUUAUUCAUACCUUCCCAGUGAUUUAUUCAUUAAACAACGCUGAACAUCACAACCAUGCCCAUAUAAUUCCUUGCCGAUCUAGAGGAGCAUCAUAAUAAACACGUGUAUGGAGAAAUAUAGAAAUUCAACAUGCUGUAUAAUGCCAUGCAAUUUGGUUCUGUAUUGCAGACCAAAUUCCCCAAUACAAAAUUUGAUUGGCUAAGAAAACCUAGUAUGAUCAAGUGAGCCAAAUAUUCUACAAAAAGGACACUUAACUACUAGAAAUCCUUGAUUUUUUUGUAUAAAUUUCAAACAAAUAGAACACACGUUUUUGUGUGCUCCACACUCAAACAAAAGCCUGUUUGAGUUUUAAUGUAGCCGAUCAACAAUGGCCUUGCACUGGUCGAGUGUAGACAUCUGCCCACUGCAGACAAGUUCACAAGCCUCCAACACCUAGACAUACAAUUACAGGGCGUUAAUCAACUACGAGUUUGUUUAAAUCAUAUUAUUGAAAGGAAAAUCAUGAUCAAAACAGUGAGUUUUAGUGCACGGAGGAAAUGUUUUUUUUUACAAUUCAAA